UGCAGCUUUUGGAUGACUGUCACCAGGACCCUAAAGAAUAUUUUUCUUUUAUCAAGGGUUAAAAUAAGUAAAUAAAUAAAACUCUCUAUUAUGUCUUUGAUUCUUCGGACAAUCACUAGUACAUGGAUGGACAUGGGAAUACUGCCAAUGCAAGGACGAAUCAGAUACUACCAGAAAGUACCAGAGAUGAGAUGAAAAUUCUUCGGGACUCCGUCGGUGCACCAGCACGUAGAUCAGUCAAGUUGUUAUUGUAGGAAGUGGUACGGAAAAAAUUAAAAUCAAGCGCCCCAUUGCCAUAAAAUUAUUGAUGCUAACGAAUAGUUUUCCAACUAUCGCAAAUCUGUGAGGGUCUUUGGACCCUCAUUAAAAUCCCUUUUUUUUCGGAGGGAUGUAAAACGGAGAAAAAUCCCCAAACGAUCGUCAAGGAAUUCGAAUCUCGGUCUUAGAACAAUUUGUGAUAUGUUUUGGUCUGGCUAAAACAAGAUGGCGGACCCCAGGCAAUAAGACAUAAUUUGGAAUUUCAGCCCAAUUCUGACGUUCCCCUUUCCCUAUUUUGGAUUUAGAAAUAUAGUUCUUCUAAGUGUAGUUUAUUCACCAUAUACCUCCGUUGGGUAGUUUCUCAUCCAACCAAUUCUAAAGAACGAUCAUGAGAUGGAUAACGUUGACUUGUAUAUAAAAUCGUAGGAAUACUAGUUUUGUUUUAUUUUUGUUUUUGUUUUCUCACUUUUUCCACAAGUUUCUCCAUCCUGCCUCUUCUAUCCGAUCCAUGUUAUAAAUUGGUGUAAUCGAAAAAAAUAUCAGCCCCCAAUUUAAAAUUUAUUUAUUUGUAUUUCUAUUCGAGAAGGAAUGUACAGAUAUGGUGACUGCUCUUUUCCGAAGGAGAUAAGAUCUCCAAAUCUUCGAAGACAUCAACAUGAUUGAGAUUUGACAGUCUGUCACAGCUGAGGAGGCGGCGGUGAUCGCUCGGUGAUGUCUUCCGGCGACGAGCAGUCGGAUGAGGAGACGGUGCCUCUAUUCCGUCCCUUUACGAAGGAAUCACUGGCUGCCAUCGAGGCUCGGAUAGCGGAGGCCAACGCCCGCAAAGCUGAAAGAGAGCGCCUGAAGGCCGAGGGUGAGAUCGGGCCGGACGGGGUACCUGAGCACUAUUCCAUUCCUCAUCACGAAGAAAGGCUAGAGCCCGAUCCCGCACUCGAGGUGGGAAUGCCCCUUCCUCGGGCGCUCGCGCCGGACUUCCCUCCAGAGCUCAUCGCCACGCCCAUCGAAGAUCUAGACAAGUUUUAUGAGAACGAAAGAACAUUUAUGAUUAUUAGCAAAGGAAAAGACGUCUUUCGAUUCAGCGCUACUAAGAGUAUGUGGAUUCUUACUCCAUUCAACCCUUUGCGCCGCAUUGCCAUCUACAUUCUUGUUCAUCCUGCCUUCAGCUUUUUUGUCAUUGUUACUAUUCUUGUAAAUUGUGUGCUCAUGACAAUGCCUAGCAAUGAUACAAUUGAAAGUUCUGAAACAAUAUUUACAUCAAUAUAUACAGUUGAAUCAUGCAUCAAAGUGGUAGCUAGGGGAUUUAUUCUCGAGAAGUUCACAUAUCUUCGUGAUCCGUGGAAUUGGUUGGAUUUUAUAGUUAUUGCCUUAGCAUAUGUUACUAUGGGUGUAGAUUUAGGAAAUUUGAGUGCAUUAAGAACUUUUCGUGUACUCAGAGCCUUAAAAACUGUAGCUAUAAUUCCAGGUCUCAAAACCAUUGUAGGAGCUGUUAUAGAAUCUGUAAAAAAUUUGAAGGAUGUGAUCAUUUUAACCUUAUUUUCUCUAUCAGUAUUUGCCUUAUUAGGUUUACAGAUUUAUAUGGGAGUUUUGACUCAAAAAUGUGUUCGUAACCCAGAUCCUAGUGAAAAUAUAACGUGGGAAUUAUAUAAAUCAAAUUAUUCAAAAGAAGAAGAAAAUUGGUUGAAGGAAAAUGAUAACUUUAUUUUGUGUGGAAAUUCCUCUGGAGCAAGGCAGUGUCCCCCAAAUUCAACUUGUGUUCAAGGUGUUGGCCCAAAUCCUAAUCAUGGGUACACUACAUUUGAUAGUUUUCCAUGGGCUUUUCUAAGUGCUUUUCGAUUAAUGACGCAAGAUUUUUGGGAGAGUUUGUAUCAAAUGGUGCUAAAAACGGCAGGCCCGUGGCAUAUGUGUUUCUUUGUUGUAAUAAUAUUUUUGGGUUCCUUCUACUUAGUAAAUCUAAUUUUAGCUAUUGUAGCUAUGUCUUACGAUGAGUUACAAAAGAAAGCAGAACUGGAAGAGGAAGCAAUUGCAGCUGAAGAAGCUGCGUUGCAAGCAGCUGCUGAUGCAGCAGCAGAAGCUGCUGCAAAUCAGUUGGCGGAAGAGGAAGCAGCCCUAAACCCCUCACCACCCGAUGGAGUGGUGAAGAGUCCAUCCGGCUCUUCGGUUAGGUCUUAUGAGCUAUUUGUGGGACAGGAGAAGAUGAUGGAUGAACGGGACAUGAAAGAACGAGCUAGCAUCAAAAGUGAAAAUGGAGAAAGCUCAGAAUCAAGGUCACACAUGAAUGGCAAAGUAAGGAAGGCCAGCCUAAGUCUUCCUGGUUCUCCAUUUAACAUUCGGCGUGCAAGCCGGGGAAGUCAGUACAGCGUCAGCUGGCGUAAUGGCCGUCGCUAUGGUGACAGAAAACCUCUGGUCCUGAACACCUACAAAGAUGCUCAGGAGCACCUGCCGUAUGCAGAUGACAGCAAGGCCGUAACUCCUAUGUCAGAGGAGGAUGGAGCUAUUGUGAUCCCUGUUCACUACACUAACUUAAAUUCAAGGCACUCUAGCUAUACAUCUCACUUAUCCAGAAUAUCAUACACAUCUCAUGUAGAUGUUUAUAGCCGGGGUUUGACAAAGGAGGACCAGCUACGGUCACGCUCAAGAAACUUGCAAGGCCUUUAUUUUGAGGAUUCUCCUGACUCAGAUGAAUGUAUAUUAUCCAAAAAGCCCACAGAUAGUCCAUUUUCAGAUCCCCAUAUACAAACAGUUGUAGAUAUGAAAGAUCUCAUGGUUGUAAAUGACAUCAUCGAACAGGCAGCUGGAAGACAGAGUAAAGAUAGUGAGAGAGUAUCCGUUUAUUAUUUUCCUACAGAAAGAGAGGAUGAGGAUAGACCUAGAUUCAAGGAGCGCUGUUUGGCGAGUUGUUUGAAAUGCUUAGAUGUCUUCUGCGUAUGGGACUGUUGCGAAUGCUGGGUUCGCUUUCAAGAAUUUAUCUCACUAAUAGUCUUCGAUGCUUUCAUGGAGCUCUUCAUCACUCUUUGUAUAGUCGUGAAUACCCUCUUCAUGGCUAUGGAUCACCACGACAUGGAUCCGGAUUUCGAACAAUUCCUCCGUUAUGGAAACUAUUUCUUUACAGCUACUUUUGCAGUAGAAGCUGGCCUCAAAUUAAUAACAUUAAGCCCAAAAUAUUAUUUCCGGGAAGGUUGGAAUAUUUUUGAUUUCUUCAUAGUUGCCCUCUCUCUACUAGAGUUGGGAUUAGAAAAUGUUCAAGGUCUUUCAGUUCUCAGAUCAUUUCGUUUGCUUAGAGUUUUUAAAUUAGCAAAAUCAUGGCCUACGUUGAAUCUUCUCAUUUCAAUUAUGGGAAAAACCAUGGGAGCUUUAGGAAACUUGACAUUUGUUUUAGGAAUCAUUAUCUUUAUUUUUGCUGUGAUGGGUAUGCAACUGUUUGGAAAGAAUUAUGAUGAAAAGAAACAUUUAUUUCCUCAUGGGAUAGUUCCUAAUUGGAAUUUUAGGGACUUUAUGCAUUCAUUUAUGAUUGUUUUUCGUGUUUUGUGCGGUGAAUGGAUAGAAUCUAUGUGGGACUGUCUGCUUGUGAGUGGGUCCAUGUGUAUUCCUUUUUUUCUAUCAACUGUGGUAAUCGGCAACCUUGUGGUGCUGAACUUGUUCCUUGCCUUGUUACUGUCCUCCUUUGGUGCCUCUAAUCUAUCUCAAGCUCCUUCAGAUACAGCGGAUACAAAAAAGCUACAAGAAGCAAUAGACCGUUUUUCUAGAGCUAGCAAUUGGGUUAAAAAUUUAAUAUUUCGAAUUUUAAAGUCUGUCCGGGCCAAACUUACCAAUCAGAUUGCCGAUCAAGCGACAGAUAGGAGAGAUGAUCUGCCUGAUGAUCCUAUUGCAGGUGAGUUUAUCGCAGAUGGACAAUUGCCUAUGAUGGAAAAGUUUUCUAAACAUGUUAAAGAUCUAGAAGUUGUUAUAGGGGAUGAAAUGGAAAUUUCUAUACAAGGGAAUGGACAGGCCAUUCAAAUGAAAGAUUCAAAUAAUUCUAUGCGGCCAACAAUGAAUUGUGUACCUCUAGGCACUAAAAUUGAACUUUUAUCUGCAAAAUCAAACAAGGAAAAGGAAAGUGAAAUAACUGGGAAUAACAAAGUCCAUCCAUUAAAUGAAGAUGAAAACAAAUCUGACAUCUUCGAAAAAGGCUUGGUUGUAGCUAAAAUCCCAAAAGAAGCAAGUGAUUUGUCUCUUAUGGAUAGUGGUGAAGAAAAGAAGGACAGCAGUAAGGAGGACAAACCAGCAACGGGUGAAUAUGAUACGGAUGGUGAUCUAGUGGAUGACAUGGAUACAGAUAAGAUAGAAAUCACGACCGAAGAUGUCAUUGAAUCAGAAUAUCCUGCAGAUUGUUGUCCUGAUUGCUGUUACGUUCGUUUCCCAUUCUGCUUGGGGGAUGAGUCCCCAAGGUGGCUUCAGUGGAAGGAAGCACGAAGAAGAAGUUAUAAUUUAGUUGAACAUAAAUAUUUUGAAACUCUUAUUAUUACAAUGAUUCUCAUUAGUAGUUUAGCUUUGGCUGCUGAAGAUGUUAAUCUGAAGGAGAGGCCAUGGCUUAAAGAUAUUUUGCAAUAUAUGGACAAAACGUUCACAGUUCUUUUUCUUUUUGAAAUGUUGCUCAAAUGGCUGGCAUUUGGUUUUAAAAAAUAUUUUACUAAUGCUUGGUGCUGGCUAGAUUUUGUCAUAGUUUUGGUUUCCAUGUUUAAUCUGGCGGUGGGGUUAGCUGGCUAUGCCAACAUUCCUGCAUUUAAAACAAUGCGUACUCUACGAGCCCUCCGCCCUCUGCGUGCAAUGUCACGUUUAGAGGGGAUGAGAGUGGUGGUCAAUGCCUUGGUCCAAGCCAUCCCAGCCAUUUUCAACGUACUUCUAGUGUGCCUCAUUUUUUGGUUAAUAUUUGCAAUCAUGGGUGUUCAACUGUUAUCAGGAAAGUUUUUUUCUUGCAAAGAUGAAGAAGGAACUGUAGUUAAUAUAACAAUUGCAGCUAAUAAAACUGAAUGUCAAGCUCAAAAUAUGUCCUGGACCAAUCCUAAGAUUAAUUUUGACAAUGUGCUGAAUGCUUACUUAGCCCUGUUUCAAGUGGCAACUUUUAAAGGUUGGAUUGAUAUCAUGAAUUCUGCUAUCGAUUCAACCGGGGUUGAUCAACAACCGCAGCCCGAAUACACAAUAUAUAUGUAUUUUUAUUUUGUUCUCUUCAUUAUCUUCGGCUCAUUCUUCACACUUAAUCUAUUUAUUGGAGUAAUUAUUGACAAUUUUAAUGAGCAAAAAAGAAAGGCAGGGGGAUCUUUAGAAAUGUUCAUGACUGAAGAUCAAAAGAAGUACUACAAUGCAAUGAAGAAGAUGGGGUCCAAAAAGCCAGCCAAAGCAAUCCCUCGUCCCCAGUUCAAACUGCAAGCUGUUGUAUUUGACCUCACUACUAAUAAAAAAUUCGAUAUGGCCAUCAUGAUAUUCAUCUGCCUAAAUAUGACUGUGAUGGCAAUGGAUCAUUACCAGCCAACCGAUCUUUUUGACACCAUCCUCGAGCGCCUCAAUAUUUUUUUCAUCGCUAUUUUUACUGCCGAAUGUGUGCUCAAGAUUUUUGCCCUUCGUAUGUAUUAUUUUAAAGAGCCCUGGAAUGUCUUCGAUUUUGUUGUAGUCACUUUAUCUAUACUAGGUAUUGUUCUAAAAGAUUUAAUAGCAAAGUAUUUUGUUUCUCCUACUCUUCUUCGAGUAGUUCGUGUUGUAAAAGUUGGACGUGUUCUUCGAUUAGUUAAAGGUGCGAGAGGAAUCCGAACGCUGUUAUUUGCCCUUGCCAUGUCACUUCCCGCCCUUUUCAACAUUUGCCUUUUACUUUUCCUCGUCAUGUUCAUCUAUGCCAUCUUUGGAAUGUCUUUCUUUAUGACUGUGAAGCAUCGAGGUGGAGUUGAUGAGAACUUCAACUUCGAGACAUUUGGGCAAUCUAUGAUACUUUUAUUUCAAAUGUCGACUUCUGCCGGCUGGGACGGAGUGUUGGCAGCCAUCAUGGAAGAGGAUGACUGCGAUCCUCCGAAUCCGAAAAUAGAUUUAGAAGGUAAUUGUGGUAGCAGGAACAUUGCUGUUGCUUACCUUGUUUCAUACCUCAUCAUUAGCUUUCUAAUCAUAAUUAACAUGUACAUUGCUGUAAUAUUGGAAAAUUACAGUCAAGCCACAGAAGACGUUCAAGAAGGCUUGACUGACGAUGACUAUGAUAUGUAUUACGAGAUAUGGCAGAACUUCGAUCCAGAUGGAACUCAGUUUAUUAGGUACUCGGCUCUGAGCACAUUCUUAGACUCACUCGAAGAACCACUUCAGAUACCUAAGCCGAAUAAGUACAAAAUAAUUAGUAUGGAUAUUCCUAUUUGUGAAGGUGAUAUGGUGUUUUGUGUUGAUAUCCUCGAUGCUUUGACGAAAGACUUCUUCUCGAGGAAAGGCAAUAUCAUCGAAGAAACUGCGGAACUAGAGGUAGUAAUACCUAAAGAAAGAGAAGGCUAUAAGCCCAUCAGUAGUACGAUGACGAGACAGCGAGAAAUAUAUAGUGCGCGUAUCAUACAACUUGCUUGGAGGAGGUACAAAGGACGAAUUGGUGAUGGCGAACCUCGUCAACAACAGACUGCAAUAGUUGUUGAAAGUGAUGGGCACAUGACAAAGAAUGGUCAUAAAGUUGUUAUCCAUUCUAGGUCACCCAGUGUCACCAGCAGAUCGACUGACGUGUGAUAAAAAGAGAAAUGAACAUUUUUUCUCUGCUUUUGAAAGUGCUUGUUGGUGACCGACUGCUAAGUAUAUCUGCUUCAAGCCUAUAUUUUUAUAUCCUUUACGCAGAGGUUGAAGAAUAGCAUUGCACGUGGCUUCUGUGCUUAUAGUUUGAAACUGGGUUUUAAGUUUGAGAUAGAUUAUUUUACAUUGAAACACAUUUUUCAGAGAGUAUUAAAUUGUGAAAGUCCAUUUGACCCUCGUAAAUGGAUGCAUAAUGAUUUCUAUAUACCUCGGUUAACAAUCAAUUGUUCUAAAGUCUUCGUCUAUUUGGCUUAUUUAUAAUAACAGGAAAAAAAAUUGUAUGUUUAACUUAUGUAAAAGUUGCUAUGAUCAGCAUUUGUUACUUGUUAAAUUUUUUAAAAAUUGCUAUUAGUAGAUGUUUAUAAUGGUUGGUAAAGUCAGCUUGCAAUGCCCGGUGUACCAUCUUCAAGGUUUAUACACUAACCGCUGCUGACAAGAAUAACAAAAAGCAUUUAUAUAUUGUGGGUUUUUUUUUUAUGGGGGUGUAUUGUUUGAUGCAUUAACAUCAAACCCUGUGUACAUUUGAAGACGCUCUUUUCUAAGGAUAAGUCGCCAAGAUAGGUAAUAAUUAAAACUAUUGAAUAGAAUUAUUUGUUGAUUGCUUAGAAAGUUUUACUAAAUAUAAGUGACCAAAAGAAAUAUUUGUACAAAGGGCUUCAAAACAUUAAUUGUUAAAAAUCAUCAUUCUAUGGCGAAUCAUUCCCCUAAUGCACUAUUUUUGUCCUUUCACUUGUAUAAGUUGAAAAUUUAUAUAUUUUCAAACUAAUAAAAUUAUUUAUAAAUGCUAUAUACAAAGUAUAAAGUUUUGACUUUUCAAUCACUAAUAUCACUUUACUGAAUUAUCGACUUUAUUUUAUAAAGAGAGAAAAAAAAAUAUCAUGAUUUGUGAUAUUUGCUAUCUAUGUACUAUGGGAGCUAAAAAUCUUCAAAUAUUUUACUGUACAUAAUAUUAUUUGAGAGAAAAACAAAAUUUAAAGCUUAAAUUUAUAAAGAGUGUACAUCUUAAUUAGUAAUCUAAAUUUAUUUCAUGUCAUGUUUUUACACGAAGCUUAUAUAGCAAGCAAUUGCUGAUAUUUUAUGGAAUUCGAAUAAGCUUUUCAUCAUUGGGCAUUGCACUAAUAUAUUAGUCACUACUAAAAAAAAGUCUAGUCCUUAGAGACAGCAUCAUUUUCACAUAGAUUUUUGCGGCUGAAAAAUAAGCGGUUAACUAGUGCUUUUACAUCCAGUUUGUGAUGCAGUCAACUUUUCUGUUUUCUUUAUCAACUUUUGUACUUCAUGCAAUUAAGCGUUUAUGACUUUUAUUGAACACUGUUUCUAAUCACUGUUCAUAAUCAGAUUUUACCUUUUUUUAAUUUAAAACGGCACCCUUGUACAUCGCUUUACCAAUUGUAAAUAUAUAAUACAUUUUUCUUACCAAGCAAUUGAUUAAAAAAAGUAUUUUUCUUAAAAUCUUUUUUGGAAA